CACCCUACCAAGCAACCUCUCCUUCUCAAUCUCAUAUAACGGAAAGCACUUUCUCCUUCUCUAUAUCUUCCCUUUGAUCUCAAUUUCCUUUCACUUUACUUGUUUCUCUGAUCUUCCUCUUCUUUCUCUUCUUCCACUUUGAUCCAAAACCCUAAAACUUUCCUACAUAUAUAUACAUGCAUCGCCUGAAACUCCCCUCAAACCCCGUUUAACCUUUUAACUCUUUGAUUAUAUUGUCAAGAUCUUAGUGGGAUUCUGGUUGUUCUAGAUUGAUUGAAUUUUGAAUUUUUUUCAGUACAUAGAAGCAUCACUGAUGUAUCUUUCCUCGCUAGGUUGCUUCUUUGAUCUUUGUGUUGUUAGGUUAUAGAUAUAGUUGAGUUUAAUCUAGCUAUUUUUAAUCAAGUUCGAUCAUCUUCUUCAUUGGAAGAGUGCAGAGGCAUCGUGUACAGUGAAAGAAUUAGAGGAAUAUUGAUUAGGGUUUUCUACAGUUUGAUUGAUCUUCAGCUGCCUGUGUGAGAUUAUUUCUACAUAUAUGCAUAUAUCUAUGUAUAUGUAUUGAAGAUCAAAUGUGCACCAGAGGACAUUGGAGGCCAGCUGAGGAUGAAAAACUUCGAGAGUUGGUGGAACGUUAUGGCCCCCAUAACUGGAACGCCAUAGCUGAAAAGCUUCAAGGCAGAUCAGGGAAAAGCUGUAGGUUGAGAUGGUUCAAUCAACUGGAUCCAAGAAUCAACAGAAGCCCUUUUACAGAAGAAGAAGAAGAGCUUCUUUUAGCUUCUCAUCGGAUCCAUGGAAACCGCUGGGCGGUGAUCUCGAGACUGUUUCCAGGACGAACUGACAACGCUGUGAAGAACCAUUGGCAUGUCAUCAUGGCUCGAAGAUGCAGAGAAAGAUCAAAACUUUCCGCCAAAAGAGCCGCCCAAACUCUCCUAAAUAAUCAUUACAGCUUACCUCGUAUGCAUCCUCAUCAUCAUCAUCUUCAGCAUUAUCAAGCACCAGCAGGUUUUAAUAUAAUUGAAAACAAUGGAGAUGAGAAGAAUCGAGGAGUGGAGUUUUACGAUUUUCUGCAAGUGAACACGGAUUCAACCAAGAGUGAAGUGAUUGAUAUGUGUAAUUUUGCGAGAAGGGAUGAUGAGGAAGUCAAUCAAGAAGCGAGAGAGCUGCGACGAAGCUCGCAAUUUAUCGAUUUCUUAUCGGUAGGACGAGAUUGAUUAAUUGAUGUUCAGAGCUGUAGCUAUGUAGAAUUUUGAUGGAAAUUGUCUUGGAGAGGAAGAUGACAUGCCACUGGAAAC